AUGUUCACUUCGUCGUCCUCAGUUCUCAUCCCCGAAGUUUGUGAGGUUGGUAGAGGUAAGUUGAAACCUAAUCAAAUUCACUGGUGUAGUGGGGUUUUCACAACGUGUGAGGUUAUAAAUUCUAUCUUCCAAAUGCACCCCCUUAAAUCCCCUGGCCCCGAUAGAUUACCUGUUUUGUUCUUUCAUAAAUAUUUGAACAUAGUUGGUGAAGAUAUCUCAAAUCUGGCUCUAGAAAUUCUGAACAGUGGCAAAGACCCUAGCUCCAUCAACAACACUGGAAUUUCCCGUAUUCCCAAAUGUAAAACCCCUAUCUCCCCGAACGAUUUGAGGCCCAUAAGCUUAUGCAACAUUGUUAUGAAAGUUGUUACAAAAACCAUUGCCAACCGAAUAAAGGAGAUUCUUCCUUUGUGA